UCAGUUACUGGUCAACAAUAAGAAAUCGACGAUCAUUCUCAUUUUAACACAUUUUGAUCAAAGUCAUUUGUCCUGUGUUAUAAUACAGUGAAUAAUUAGCAACUAGUAUGUUAGAACGAAACGGUUUGAGAACGAAAUCAAAUUGACGUCUAUGACGUCAGACAUCUAUGAUGUCACUGACGUUAUCGCCAUUCAUUAGAAACGACGUUUGCGCUAAAUGCAACAGUAUAUUCUUGAUCACAUUAAGAGUGUUUUAUGGAUGAAGAAUUAAAUUUAGAGAUGUUAAAACGCGACAUUCUAGUUAUAUAGGAACAUGGACAGAGGCGGUAAAAUAGAAUUACCGGUCCUAUACUUCAAUGAUGAAGAUGAUUCGAUGUUCGGAAUUCUCAGUGUUUACCGUCGAUCAACUUUGCAUACUAGCCAUGUGACAGAGUUGGAUAACAAGAGAGUUUUAAAGGAGAAAUCUUCUCAAAUAAAAUCAAAGGAUGUGUCGACCCCUGAAUCUAAGAAAUCAAAGUCACGUGAUCAGCCAAAAGCUGUCGACAUGUUGUAUCAUAAAAUGUUAAGAAAUUUGUCAAAUGGUGAUGAUCCAAAACAAAGAUAUUCUCCAAUAAAGCUUAUCGAUUCAGGAACUUUCGGACACGUGGUCUUAGCCAAAGCGAAGCUUAACGGGUGUAUGGUUGCCAUAAAAAUCAUGGAGGUAGAAAAACAGCCAUUUACUGUGUUGGCUAACGAAGUAACCAUAAUGAAGAAGAUUAACCAUGAAAAUGUUGUCACCGCUUUAGAUGGAAUUUAUGUCGAAGCUGUAAAGAAAUUCUGGCUUGUCAUGGAAUACGUGAAUGGGUGUUCGCUAAAGAAGAUUGUAAGAAAUGUAGCGUUAGAAGAAGGACAUAUAUGUUUCAUAUCUAGUCAAUGUGUGAAAGGUUUGGACUAUCUUCAUAAAGAAAACAUAGUUCAUAGAGAUAUCAAAAGCAGCAAUGUGUUAGUUGAUAUAUAUGGGAGAGUAAAGAUAACGGAUUUUGGUACCAGCUACUUCUAUGAGAAGAAUGCCAAGAAGAACGAAAUAGUUGGUUCACCGUGCUUUAUGGCACCGGAAGUUGUAGCUAGGAGACCGUAUGAUUAUAAGAUAGAUAUAUGGAGCUAUGGUAUAACACUAAUAGAAAUGAUUGACGGAGAUCCACCAUAUAUACAUGAGGAAGCAACACGUGCUAUAAAACUUGUAAAAAGAAAUGGUAGACCAACUAUAAAGAAAUAUAACAAACUAUCAGAUGAACUGAAAUCUUUUAUAGACACGUGUCUCGUAGUUGAUGCACACAACAGAGGAACGGCACGUGAUCUUCUGAAUCACGCGUUUUUAAAUGGUGACCAAAUACUUGUUACAGCAAGAUUAGCUCAGAAAAAUGAAUUUUCAUCUCAUUAGAUAUUUAAUUAUUUUGUUAAAUGAUAAGCAUCAAUUUUACAUUAGUGUUUUUUCAUGAAUAAUUUAGGUAUACUGAAAUAUACGCCUUUAA